AUGGAGGAAGUAUUUCAAUCCAUUAGUUUCACUAUAGAUGCCAUGGGCAACCGUUUAAAGAAUUUCCAAAGAUACAUUGAAAAGUUUCGAGGAGAACUAUCAAAUGAAAAACAAGGACACCUAAAUGCUGAUUUAGAAAUUGUAGAAGAUAUGAAUAAAGAAGUAACGAUAGCACUUUUAGAAAAACUAAAAAUAUUUAGAAAUUACGUUAGUUUUGAAGAGUAUAAAGUUAAAAUACAUGAGGCAAUUGAUGAAUUGCUCAACUGGUUAGACAAAAAUUACGAUGGGUUGGUCAUAAAAUUAAGCAAAUUUAUUAACUUUCAUGUCCCAACCUUAAAAAGUGAUUUGACUAAAACAUUGCAACAAAUCGUUGAUGAAUUUAAUACUGAUAUGACCAAUCCAGUUGUUAAAAAUGUAAUGGAAGAGUUAAGAAAAAAAGGCAGAGAAAUUGGCUCCAUGAUAAGAGGAACAGCCGGGCAUAAUCUUGAACUCAGCAAAGUAUAUGAGAAAAUUAUUAGCCUGGAAGACCGUAUCGAGCGAUUGGCAAAUGAACCAACCAGUGCAGCUGUCAUGGCUUUAAAACACAAAAAAGAAUAUUUAGAAGAUAGAGUGGCUUCCCUAGAAAGAAUGAAAACCACUUUAAAAAGUGUUCAAAACUUGACUACCGUGAAACUGCAAGGUGAUAUAAAAGAAACUGAUGAAGUAUGUUCAUGUGAAGAUUUUUAUCAACUAAAAGUAUUUAACCACUUGCUUCCUAUGGAGACUCGUGAACGCCUAGUAUCAGAAUUAUGUUAUUUGUGGGAUUUGGCAGUUUUCGGUGAAAAAAGUCAUCAUUCUAUAAUUUCUAUACUUAGCGCCGCCGAAGCGAAAGAAGAAUACACUGAUGAAAAGGGCACAUUUUAUAUUGACGAACACAGUAGAAGAAUAUAUAAAUCUCCUGUGGACGGCACCCUUUUACAGCCUAAUGAACAAGGUCAGCUAGUUCCUCUAUCUGACGAUGGUAACCAUAUUUAUUACUAUGAUGAAUGUGGGCGUUACUUUAUUGACCCAAAAACGAGACAAAGAAUCUAUAAAGCUCACGCUUCCGCCAGUGAGUAUAUGAUGGAUUCGACGGGACUCCUACUCAAAAUAAAAGAAGAGAGAGAUGGAAUUGUAUUUCAUUAUGAUACCUGGGGUCGUUAUUAUAUAAACGACGAAGGUAAACACAUUUAUCGUGAUGAAGAUCAUUUAAGUGAAUACGAAAAUGAUGGUUUGGGGAAUUUAGUGCGUAUUCGAAGCCAGGCAGACAUUUUUCAACCAUGUCCAGGUGAUGCUCAAGUGACUGAAGAUUUUAAAUAUUUAAAACAAACAGUCGGUUCUGCUUUACGUUUUUGUGUUGCCAAAGUUAUUAUACAACAGCCUGCAGAUCCAAUUAAAUAUUUAUCUUCAUCACUCAUUAAGUUUAGAGAAAAUAUGGAGCUCAAAGAAAAACGUAUAACUGAAAAACAAGAAUUGGAAGCUGAGAGAGAGAUAAUUGCUGCUGAGGAACGUGCUAAAGCUGAACGUGCCAUGGCAGAAUUAAGUGCUAGAGGUAGCGAAGCUAGCUACGACUCCAAUAUGAUGAUGUAUUCAACCAUACAACCCCCUGAUGAUCAUGAGUCGGUAAAAGAAGGCGAAACUGACCAUAAUUAA